GUGAUUGGUUAAGAAUGACUUCCUUUCGUGAGUACCAGACUAGAGCUCCUCCCCCUGCCCGGCCUGUGUGCGGCUGCUACUGUCUGCAGUAGUUUUCUCUGCCACAGAACAAGGAAUGUACAGAUGUCAGACAACCAGGAAGCACAAGAAGAUGAACUGCUGGCUCUAGCAAGCAUAUAUGAUGAAGAUGAAUUUCGUAGGGCAGAAUCAGGACGGGAGGGUGAGAUCCAUCUGUGUCUUGAGCUUCCUCCUGACUUCAAACUGAUAGUGAAGGGGGAGAAAACCACAGAGCAUGGUAUAUCAUUUCUACCCCCCUGGGUUCUGAGUUUUGAUCUACCUGUGGACUACCCUUCAUCAUCAGCUCCAGUCUUUACUUUAAGCUCCAAAUGGCUCACAAGAGUCAAGAUCACAGCACUUUGCAAGAGACUGGACCAGCUUUGGGAGGAGAACCUGGGAAAUGUGGUUCUUUUCACCUGGAUCCAGUUCCUAAAAGAAGAGACUCUGGAAUACCUUGGCAUCCAUUCUCCACUUGAGAUCCAAAGCAUUGCUGGUCAGUCUCAGGGAGAAUCUGGCCAGACGCAAGCAGCAGAAAAAAGUAAACCGCAAGAAUUAGACCCAAGAGCUGUUCAAGAAGUCGAUCCUCGCACAGACAUGCUAAACCAGCUGCUGGAUUUUGAUGAAGCUCAAAAGCAGAAAGUGUUCGAUGGAAAGGUCUUCUGUUGUGGGAUCUGCUUCUCUGAGAAGCUUGGUUCCAGCUGUUUGCUCUUUAAAGAGUGUCAGCAUGUCUACUGCAAGGCCUGCAUGAAGGAAUACUUUGAGAUCCAGAUCAGAGAUGGUAAAGUGCAGUGCCUUGACUGUCCUGAGCCGGAGUGUACGUCCGUAGCCACACCGACACAGGUGAAGCUUCUGGUGGGAGAAGAGGAGUUUGCCCGCUACGACCGUCUCCUCCUGCAGUCAAGUCUGGACCAGAUGGCAGAUGUUGUUUACUGUCCCCGCACGAGUUGUUGCACGCCUGUGAUGCUGGAGCCUGAGAGCACUAUGGGAAUUUGCCCAUCUUGUCAAUAUGCUUUCUGUACCCUCUGCAAGCGAAGCUAUCAUGGCCUCUCUCACUGCUUGGCCACUGCUGAUGAGCUUCGUGGUUUGCGGGACGAAUACCUUUCUGCAAGUGACGAGGGGAAGAAGUUUCUUGAGAAGCGUUUUGGAAAACGUGUCAUUCAGAGAGCAGUGGAGGAGUCCUUUAGCACAGAUUGGUUGAAGGAUAACUGUAAGCAAUGCCCAUGCUGUGGCACUCAUGUACAGAAGAUACACGGCUGUAACAAGAUGACGUGUUCUUCCUGUCAAGGGCGUUUCUGCUGGAUUUGCCUGGUAUCUCUUAGUAAAGUGAACCCCUACAGCCACUUCAACAACCCCAACACACCCUGCUUUAACCAAUUGUUUCAGGGAUUGGAAAUGGAAGAAGGAGAAGCCGGUGUUUGGAGUGAUGAAGAUGAAUAAGAAAAAGCUUAAAAGACCUGUAUAUCCAGUGCACUUUGUUCCUCCAUACAAUGACCAGAUUAGACAUAAACCAAAUGAUUAAAAUCUGAUCAGAGUAAACUUUAGCUUAUCUAAUCAAUUAUGUGCUUAUAUUUGCAAUAUUUCAAACUGUGCACUUCAUUUCACUUUCCUUUCACAGUUCAAGCAAAAAGUUCAAGUUCAAAGUAACAAUAAUUUUGUUUGAAAAUUAAGACAACAUUUAUAAAAAUGUUGAACUUUAAGUAUAAACUUUUAACACUUUACAGGUUUCUUAUCCAGGUUUUAAUGUUCAAAGUUGUAAUAUAUCUGAAGGUUAACUACAGUUAAAACUGUUGGAAAAAAUAGAAUGUACAUUGGACGUUCGUUUUCACUGGGUUUUAAUUUAGGCUUUUAUCAUGAUGUAUUUGUUAUUCAUCGGGUAUCCUUGUUAAUCAUAUUCGUGCCACUACAAAUGGUGGAUGUUUCAAACAUGUUUGGUUGACUCCACAGUAAAGUAAAUGUUAAAUUC